AUGGAUCAACUCAUUCAACAAUCUCAACAACUGGCCAAACAGAUGGAGAACAUUGACCCUUCAACACCAACCCCAACAUCACCAACUACAACUACAACAACUACAACUAAUGUAAAUGUCAAUGGCAGCUGUAGUGUUAGAGACUUUAGUGGAAUUGCUUGGAAGACAGAGGGACUACAUAUGCCAAUAGAGACAGAGAUAGGUGUACAGGCACGACUGGCCAAGUCUCGUAGACUCAAUCCAAAUGCUUGCUUCCCCGUCGAGAACAAGGUCAUGUGUCUACCAAACUAUAUUAUAAUUGGCUCGAUGAAGGCUGGCACCACCUUCCUCGACUACUACCUCCAACAACAUCCACUGAUGGCCAAGCACACCAAGAAGGAGAUAUGGUUCUUCAACAGUUACUAUAGCAAGGGUAUCAAGUGGUACGUCGAGCACUUUGAGCCGGUCAUUGGUAACGCCCAGACCAAGGUGAUUGGCGAAGCGACGCCAUUCUACAUCAACCAUCCAUUCACGCCCGAGAGAAUGUACAGCACGCUCAAGGACGUUAAGCUGAUACUUUUGAUGCGCGACCCAGUGGAGCGAGUGCUCAGCCAGUACUACUUCUCGAUAAAAUGGAUCGAGAAGAACAACCCCAAGAUGAUGAAGCCCAAGCCGUUCAAGGAUAUGAUCUACGAGGAGGCCGACGUAAUAGAGACGUGCGUGCGAGGCAAUCAGCGAUUCCUUGAGCAAGUGGCACAGUAUGAGCGCGACCAUCCUGGCGCCGCCAUCCCAGACGACUGGAUCAAUCCAUUCUUUGUAUUCCACUCGUCCAAGAACUGGACCUUUUACAAAGAUUGCAAACAAUGUGAUCGAUGCUUCCCCACUGGCAACGUGAUGCACAUGUCUGGACAUCCAACAUUUGGCAUGUUGGCCAAAUCACUCUACUAUGACCAAAUCGAUCAAUGGCUCAAGUACUAUCCGUUGGAUCAAUUCCUAUUUGUAAGAUAUGAAGACAUAAAGUCUUAUCCAGAGAAUGUAUUGAGAGAAGUUGAACAAUUCUUGGAGUUGCCACCUUAUGAUUAUGGAGACUUUGCACCAAAGAAUGUAGUGCCACAUGAACCGAUGGAUGAGGAUAUUAGAGAAUUCCUUGUUGACUACUUUAGACCACAUAAUGAGAAGCUAUACCGAACACUUAACAGAGACUUUGAAUGGUCCACUUAA